ACUCUCACGACGUCACUCAUCAUCUUAACUCUUAAGUCUCUUUUCACACCAUCCACCAUUAGAACCGAUCUUGCUCUAUCUCUCUUUCUCAGACACACAUAUAUGUCCACUUCUUGUCCUCAGACUAAACCGAACCGGAUCAAAACCAGCUUCGGAGAUCGGUGUUUACUCAUGGCUAAGCAGCAAAGAACUAGGCUUUAUAUACUUCGACGUUGUGUUUCUAUGUUGCUUUGUUGGCACGACCACUCUAUUCAUGAUUAGAGGAAGGAAAGAGACAAUCUUUGUCGGAAGCAUGAACCGGAACUGACCAAGAAGUAGAUAGAUAUCAGAAGAAGAAUGUUUUUGUGGUUUAGUAGAGUUUGUGGUUCUUUUUUUAACUUUGAGAACUCUUUGGGGAAUCUUUGUAAUUUGAGAAAGAUUCUAAUGAAUGGGCCUUUUGGGCUUUUGUGUACAACUGUGAAAUAGCAUAUGAUCCUUUUUAUUUUGGGUA